UGACGAAAUUUAUGGAGAAUAUGCAUAUAUUUCUACAAAUCAAGGCAAACACGAAGAAGACGAAGACGACACAGCAGCAACCACACCGCUCUGAUGGCUGAGGAUGCAGGCAGCACACGGCGUGUGCGAUUCGCACCGCCGGGCGGUAAGAGAAAGGCUGACGAAGCCGCAAGCGGUGAAGGCGACGAAGAGGACCAGCAAGAGCAGCAGAAACAGUGCUUGGGCCAAGGCAAGGAACUGAGUGGACGACGCACCCCUACGGAACACGACGACGAUGGUGAUGACGAUGACGACGAUGACAAUGAUGACGACGACAGAGAACGUGGCGACGACGAUGAGGGCGAUGAGGACGGUGGAGAAGGCGACGAGGAUGAGGACGAGGACGAGGAGGGUGACGAGGAAGAAGAUGAGGAGGGCGAGGAAGAUGAGGAAGAAGAUGAAGAAGAGGAGGACGAGGACGAGGAUGCGCUGUCGCAGCCCAAAAAGCGAGCCAAGAAGCAGGAAUCCGACAAGGAGCGGCGUGCCCGCAUCAAGGCCGAGAAAGCGGAACGCAACCGCCUCCGCAGAAAGGAAAAAGCCCGCCAACGGCGAUUGGAAGCUCGCAAGCGAAAAGAACGAAAGGAGGCUGAGCGAAAAGCGUUUGAGCGCGACGAGGAAGUGUAUGCGCUGGAGGAAGACGAGGACGCGGAGCUGCGCGCGUUCAGAAACGACAAGGAGCGAUACGCAGAGAAGCUCAAGAUUCUGAUGGCGUCGUUUACGGAAGAGCAGAGGAUACGCCACGAGAGCUACCGCCGCUCCCGUUUCGACCCAAAGGUCCUGCGAAAGGUUGUUGGGCGCGCGCACCAGUCUUUGGCGUCGACGGCGGAGAAGCGACGGACCGUCCUCACCGUCCUCGGCGCCCUCGCAAAGGUCCACGUCGGCGAAAUUGUCGAGACGGCGCUGGAUGUGCAGAAGGAGUGGCACGAGAGCGGUCCGUUGACGCCGGCACACGUGCGGGAGGCGCGACGGCGCAUCAAAGAGACCAACCCCUCCCCCUGGCUCCUCAACGCCUAGUGCAGCGCGUUUGAUUGCUUGUUUGGCUGGUGGGUGGGUUGGAUGGUUGUGAGAGAGGAAAGUGUGUGUUUGUGUGUUUGUGUGUGUGUGCGUGUGCGUGUUGUGUGUGUGUGUGUGUGU